CUGGUUUGGUUUUCCAAGUCUACAGCCCAAAACAAAAGUGAAAAAAUAAGAGAAGCCCCCUUCCUUCCUGCUUCCUAGUUCCUACACUCCCUCUCUCUCUCUCUCUCUCUCUCUCUCUCUCUCUCUCUCUCUCUCUCUCUCUAUCUGUGCAGCGUCAACGGUGUCUCAUUUUCUCCCUCGCCGUGCUCGAAUUCUAGGGCAAAGAGUCCUGUAUCUUCUUAUCUUACGAUCGUUCCUCAAUCCGCGGUUCGAGAGGCAUUUUGUUUGUGCCAUAUCUCUUGCGGUGGAAAUUAGGGCGAAACUGUUGGAUUGCGAGUUUGGCGCGGGAGGAUGUUCUUCACUGGCGAUGCUUCGACGCGGAAGCGGGUAGAUUUAGGCGGGCGAAGCUCGAAGGAGAGGGACAGGCAGAAGCUUUUGGAACAGACUCGGUUGGAGAGGAAUCGCCGGUUGUGGUUGCGCCAGCAAAACUCUGCAGCUCUCAAAAUUCAGAAAUGCUUCAGAGGGAGAAUGGCAGUGGAAGUUGAGCAUUCUAAGGUGCGAGAGGAAUUUUUUAUUACUUAUGGAAAGCAUUGCCAAAAUGUAGACAGGAAUUGUUUCAGUCCAGAUUCAGAGUUCUUCCGCCAGUUGCUCUUUUUCUUUAAUGCACAAAAUGUUGGUGAUUUUUCAGCCCUUGUGGAGACUUGCCAAUUAUUUCGGCAGUAUGCUCAAUAUACUGGGGAUAUUGUAAGCAUAUUUGCAGGUGUGGAUUACUCACACAAGCAGGCUUUGGUAGACUACAGGGUAAAGCAACUGGCAUAUGAUUGCAUUCAGGCUGUUCAUCAGAACAGAGAUAAGUUGAAGGAUCAACUUCUGAUGACAUUUGACCAAUCCAACACACCAACAGUCAUCUUGCUUGAGGCAGUAGUCUUGUUGGUAGAUUCCAAACUUCCAUGGGUUUGUAAGAUAGUUGGCUAUCUCUUGCAAAGAAAUGUGUUUUCUCUGUUGAGAGAUAUUGUUCUUACAGCCAAGGGAAGUGUGAAGACUUAUCAAUCCAUUGUGAAAGAUUCUUCUCUGGAGCGUGUGCUUGCACUUCUUAUUUGCCAUGUUGGUCAGAAGCCAUGUAUUUGCCCAAGUAUUGAUUUGCGAUGGAGUUUCUCAUCCCAGAUUCUUACAGUUCCUUUCUUAUGGCAGUUUUUUCCUUAUUUAAAAGAGGUUUUUGCAACCCAGGGACUAAGUCAACAUUAUAUUCAUCAAAUGGCAUUGUGUGCCCGGAAUCACACCAAUGUUUUACCUAAUGAUAUGGCACCCAAAUUCCCUGGUUAUGCCUGCCUUCUUGGAAAUAUAUUAGAAGCUGUUUCUGUUGCCUUAUCCCAGCCUGAAUGCUCAUUUGAAUCCGCCAAAGAUUUUGCAGCUGUUAUGACAUUUUUAUUGGAGGCACUUCCUCCUAUGACAACAUCAAAUAGAGAAAGCAGAGAAAAUUCCACUGUGGCUGAAGAUGAAAUGACUGUGGGUGAUGAAGUCGUGGAAAAAGGUCUAAAUAGUGAUUUGGAGCAGCAGAUAUUCAAUGCAAUAGAUGCACGCCUGCUUUUGCAAUUGACAAAUGUUUUAUUUGGAGGAUCUUCUUUCAAUGGUUCACAUAAAGAGGGACCGGACAAUAAAGAGGCGGCAGCUGUUGGUGCUGCAUGUGCCUUUCUUCAUGUUACUUUUAACACAUUACCCCUUGAGCGUAUUAUGACUGUACUAGCUUAUCGUACUGAACUUGUUCCGGUUCUUUGGAACUUUAUGAAGAGAUGCCAUGAGAAUCAAAAAUGGUCAUCCUUGUCAGAGCUAUUACCAUAUCUGUCUGGAGAUACUCCUGGUUGGCUAUUACCUUUGGCUGUUUUCUGUCCUGUGUAUAAGCACAUCCUUAUGAUAGUUGAUAAUGAGGAAUUCUAUGAAAAGGAGAAGCCAUUGUCACUGAAGGAUAUCAGAAGCCUAGUUAUUAUUCUGAGACAGGCCUUAUGGCAUCUUUUAUGGGUCAGUCCUGUGACUGGACGGGCCGCUGCCCAUAAGCGACGCCCUGUAGAAUUUAUUUAUCAUAGGGUUAGCAUUGUGGCUGCUGAGCUCCUCUCACAGUUGCAAGAUUGGAACAACAGACGACAGUUUACAUCUCCCAGUGACUUCCAUGCUGAUGGUGUCAAUGAGCACUUUAUUUCUCAGGCUGUGAUGGAAAACACCAGAGCCAAUGAUGUUUUGAAACAAGCUCCAUUUUUGGUCCCAUUCACAAGCAGGGUUAAGAUAUUCACUUCACAGUUGACAGCAGCAAGGCAAAGAAAUGGUUCUCAUGCUGUUUUUACUAGAAACAGAUUCAGAAUACGGCGGGAUCAUAUUUUGGAAGACGCAUUUAGUCAGUUGAGCGCCUUGUCUGAAGAUGAUCUUCGAGGAUUGAUUCGUGUAACAUUUGUCAAUGAAUUUGGAGUUGAGGAGGCUGGUAUAGAUGGUGGUGGGAUUUUCAAAGAUUUCAUGGAGAACAUUACACGUGCAGCAUUCAAUGUGCAGUAUGGGUUAUUUAAGGAAACAGCUGAUCACAUGCUUUACCCUAAUCCUGGAUCAGGAAUGAUACAUGAACAGCAUCUCCAGUUUUUUCAUUUUCUUGGAACUGUUUUAGGAAAGGCCAUGUUUGAAGGGAUUCUUGUUGACAUACCAUUUGCAACAUUCUUCUUGAGCAAAUUAAAGCAAAAGUACAACUAUCUAAAUGAUUUGCCUUCAUUAGACCCAGAAUUAUAUCGCCACCUUAUUUUCUUAAAGCAUUUUGAAGGUGACCUUUCGGAGUUAGAACUAUACUUUGUUAUUGUAAAUAAUGAAUAUGGAGAGCAAAUGGAAGAAGAACUUCUUCCUGGAGGGAAAAACACACGUGUUACCAAUGAAAAUGUAAUUACAUUUAUUCAUCUUAUGGCCAACCAUCGUCUGAAUUUUCAGAUACGUCAACAAAGUUCACAUUUCUUGAGGGGAUUUCAGCAGCUUAUACAGAAAGACUGGAUUGAAAUGUUCAAUGAGCAUGAACUACAGCUUCUGAUUUCAGGCUCCCUUGAUGGCUUGGAUGUUGAUGACCUACGUUCACAUACCAAUUAUGCUGGCGGCUAUCAUAGUGAGCAUUAUGUUAUUGAGAUGUUCUGGGAAGUUCUCAAAAGCUUUUCAUUGGAAAAUCAGAUGAAAUUUUUGAAGUUUGUGACUGGGUGCUCUCGAGGACCACUGCUUGGUUUCAGAUACCUUGAGCCUUUAUUUUGCAUACAAAGGGCUGCUGGUAAUGCUUCCGAAGAAGCUCUUGAUCGAUUACCAACAUCGGCUACUUGCAUGAAUCUUCUAAAGCUUCCACCCUACAGGAGCAAACUUCAACUGGAAACAAAACUCUUGUACGCAAUUAAUGCAGAUGCUGGAUUUGAUUUGAGUUGAAUGGAGACCGUGCAUUCUGACCCUACAACCAACGCAUGCUCAACUGCUUAUUUGUCAACGUGAGAAAAUCAAGCUUGCAGUCUUGACAGGCAUAACGCCAAAUCAGAUUACCAGCGCUCAUGUUCUAUUUGGUUGAAAAAUGCCCAGUGUCAGGACUACUAAAGAGUACAGGAUGAUUAUCAAAUGUCUGUAGAGUAAUGGCUGUACCGUAAAGCAUGUAGAUAUAAAUCCUUGUCCAGCGGCCGGCCUGCUCAUAGAUAUAGAGUUCACAUGUAAAUAAUGUGGGGGUCACCUUUCAAGGUUGAGCUCUAGAUUGUAUUUUCUUUAUGCUUUUCCUUUUCCUGUAAAACAAGCAGGCUCGUUUUAUCGCUUGUGAGGGAGGAAUGACCUGUUGUGUGUAGGUUAUUCCCUACAGCUCCAAUUUGUUGUAGAUGUGUUCUUCCCCCACUUCUUCCAAAUCCUUGAUUUUCAUCGUGAUAAUCUGUAAAUUAAAAAUGAAGUGGCUCCUUAUUUUGGUAAUGUAAGUUGGAUCUGUUUAUUUGUUGGAUCUGAA